AUGGUUGGAUAUAAUUCAAAAAAUCUAGAUGAUAUUCAAUCUUUGUAUAAAUGUAAUUGUUGUUCAUUAAUACUCCGAGAACCUGUACAAUUAAUUGAUUGUGCUCAUCGAAUGUGUCAAUCAUGUGCCAGUGAACAAUCAGGAAACACGAUAACAUGCGCAGAAUGCGGUAAACAAACAAUGCGAGAAAAAUUAUUACUAGAUCGAGGUUUCAAAAAUGAUAUGCAGACAUUAUCAAUUGUAUGUUCACUUUGUAGUUGGACUGGUAUAUUGAAUAUCUAUCAAAAUCAUCUUGAUCAAAAUCAUCCAAAUCCAGUAUGUGAUUCUUGUAGUCAAAAAUUUAAUUCAGUAAAUGAUCUUGAUCGACAUAUACAACAUGAUUGUGAAAAAAUCACUCUGAAUUGUCCAUUAAAACAAAUCGGAUGUGAAGAAAUGGUUCUUCGUCUCCGUCUUGCAGAACAUUAUAUAAGUGAUCAACAUCAAAGAAUCCUAGCUAAUGUUGUUCGUCAAAUGAGUUUGAUCUUAUCAAAUAAUCUGAACAAUCAUUCUCUGAUUGGUUCUUAUCAAAGAAUAGAUAUGGAUCCUAAUGAAUUCGAAAAAAUCUCUAAUGCAACUAAUAUAUUAUUAGAUAAUAUUAAAACUUUAGUUGAUGAACUUGAACGUCUGACUCUUGAGCGUGAUCAGAUCCAUAAUAAACUACAAUCUUUCAUUCAAGAAACUACAAUACUUAAGAAAUCUAUUGAAGAAGAAAAUUCUUCUAUAGAUGGUAUUAACCAUAAUCAACAGAUAACUGAACAAAACUUACUAUCAAUGGAACAAAAACUUAAUAAUAUGAGUUUGAGUUCUUAUGAUGGAACAUUUACAUGGAAAAUAACUAAUGUACAAGAAAAAAUAACUGCUGCUAAAUCUAGAACACAAACAUCAAUUUAUUCUCCACCUUUUUAUUCGUCACCUACAGGUUAUAAAAUGUGCCUUCGACUUUAUUUAAAUGGUGAUGGUAAUGCUCAGAAUACACAUAUAUCAUUAUUUUUUGUUCUUAUGCGUGGUGAAUAUGAUGCUAUUCUUUCAUUUCCAUUCUGUUUCAAAGUCAUAUUUUGUCUUUAUGAUCAAACUAAUCAACAAAAUCAUAUUAUUGAUUCAUUUCAACCUGAUGUUAGAUCAAAUAGUUUUCAACGACCACGUUCCGAUAUGAAUAUUGCUAGUGGUCUACCAAAAUUUGCUCCUUUAACAAUAUUUCAACAAGAAAAUAAUCCAUAUGUUCGUAAUGAUAUAAUAUUCAUUACAGUGACAAUCGAUUUUAAUAAUACACCAAAAACAAUUUUACCUUAUAUGUUUAAUCUUAGUCCAGCAUUCACAACUCAAAUCAAACAAACAAUGAUUCGACAGGAAAUUGAAAAACGACAACAAGUAUCUAAUUCUCCAACGAUGAAUUUUGAAGGAAAUCAAUCGAUUACUAUGGAGGGUGUCUCUGAAUCUCACCAAUAA